AUGGCGAACACCGGAUCUCCGACGAUUACUCCGACUGAUUCCCGUGAUGGCACCCUACAGCCCGAGUCCACCUUGCCCUCGUCCCCAAUGACUGAACUCACAAAUGGAGAGACAAAACCCGCUUCAGACAACGAGGGAAAUGGUGGAAAGGAUCAAUCUCAAUUGGCAGAGAAUAAGGAGGAAGAUGUUGAAGGCAUGGACACCAAGGCUAAGGGUCUGAUGCACUUGCUGCAGAGUAGUUCGUUAUUCGUCGCCCUUAUGUCGGAGAAAAUGAAAAAGCAGCAGGAUGAGGCCCGACAACGAGCUAUCAAACGUCAGCAGUCUGCCGCGAACGAGAAAGACAAGCCUGCACCCGAACCCGCGUCCGCAACCACGACUACCAACCGACGCGGCACCAGAAAUCGAAAGUCAGGAACUGCAGUCGCAGAAGAGGCCCCCGCAGCAAAUGAUGUACCCGCACAGAAGAAAGGCCGUACUACAAGGAAGAGCGGUGGUGGCACUAUCUCGAAUUACUUUAAAAAGGCCGAGGUGGAGGUCAAGGAAGACAACCCGACUGUGCAGGAGGUGCUAGAGAAUGCAGCUGAUGAAUACGAGUCAAAGCCGACUGCAAUCGGCGAACAAGAUCUGGUUGCGACACAACAACCAGCGCUGAUCACGGGUGGCAAGAUGCGAACAUAUCAACUCGAGGGCCUUGAGUGGCUGAAGACCUUAUGGAUGAACGGUCUUUCUGGUAUUCUGGCCGACGAAAUGGGACUCGGAAAGACAAUCCAAGCCAUCUCGAUGAUUGCUUUCCUGAAAGAGAAUAAUGUUUCCGGGCCCUUCUUGAUCGCUGCCCCACUCAGCACCGUUAGCAACUGGGUAGAUGAGUUCAAACGGUGGUGUCCCGGUAUCAAAACGGUCCUAUAUCAUGGAUCUAAGGCCGAACGAGAAGCACUCCGCAGCAAGCAUAUGAAAAUGCGCAACCAAGGAGAUAUGGAAUUCCCCAUUAUUUGUACCUCUUACGAGAUUUGUAUGAACGAUCGCAAAUUCCUUGGACAGUAUCAAUGGAGGUACAUCGUUGUGGACGAAGGGCAUCGCCUGAAAAAUAUGAAUUGCCGUCUUAUCAAAGAACUCAUGGCCUAUCGAUCUGCCAACCGGCUCUUAAUUACGGGAACGCCAUUGCAGAAUAAUAUCUCCGAGCUUUGGUCAUUGUUGCACUUCCUUCUACCGGAAGUUUUUGAUGAUCUAAAUAGUUUCGAAAGUUGGUUCGACUUUUCAUCCGUAUUGGAUGAUAACGGCAGAGCGGAAAUCCUCGAGCGUCGGAAACGCAAUCUUGUCACAACAAUGCAUUCGAUUCUGAAGCCUUUCCUUCUGCGGCGAAUCAAGACAGAUGUCGAAACUGAUCUUCCAAAGAAGCGCGAGUACAUUUUGUACGCUCCUCUUACAUCCGAGCAAAAAGAACUUUAUAGAGAGAUCCUCAGCGGCACGGGCCGACAGUACCUUGAAACCAAGGCCUUGGAGCGGUUGACAGCCAAGAACACACCUUCCUCUCGCUCAUCAAGCCGAAAGCGACGCCGCGAAAGCAGCGAGUCCGAAACGCCCAACAAGAGUAUCCGAUCAAGUAAAUCCUCCACUCCUAGUGUUGCCAGUGCCGGCACCAGCACCAGUCGCCGACGUCGCGGUCCUCAAAGUUACAAGGAAAUGGGCGACCGGGAGUUCGACGCGAAGCUGCGCAUGCUUGACAAGGGGAUUGAAAUCGAGGAGGAAGAGGAAGCCGAACUGAGUGAUACUGAGCUUGAAGAGAUCGAAAGAGCCGAGAAUAUUAAACUUGCCAAGAAAGAAAUCAGCCAGAAGAAAAUGCAAAACCCUGUCCUGCAGGCCCGACUGGCUUGCAACUCACCACACAACUUCUACUGGCCUUGGACAGAUGAAACAUCCGGUGUUGACGAGUCCCUCGUGUCAGCUUCCGGCAAGAUGCUUCUUCUGGACCGACUCGUCCCCCAUCUCUUGAAGAGGGGACACAAGAUCCUCAUAUUUUCCCAAUUCAAGACCCAGCUAAGUAUCAUCGAAGAAUGGUCCACCCAACUCCGGUCAUGGCCAUGCUGCCGCAUUGAUGGAGCCAUGGCUCAAUCCGAACGCCAAGCCCAAAUCAAAUCAUUUAACACCGACAAAAGUCACAAGAUUUUCCUCCUCAGUACCCGCGCCGGUGGACAAGGUAUCAACCUUACUGCUGCCGACACGGUCAUUCUCUUCGACUCCGACUGGAACCCCCAACAAGAUCUGCAAGCCCAGGACCGUGCCCACCGCAUCGGUCAGAAGAAGCCCGUGAUCGUAUACCGACUUGCGACAAAAGGAACCGUAGAGCAAACUCUACUCGAAAAGGCAGACUCCAAGCGCCGCCUCGAGCGACUUGUGAUUCAAAAGGGCAAGUUCCGCUCAUUGCUGGACACGAGCGCCAAUGCCCAAGAGCUCGAGGACUUGCGCCAGGCUCUUGGAGAAGAUGAAUUUGAGCGCUUCGAGCUUAAUGACCAGUCGAUUCUUUCGGAUGAGGAACUUGCGAUCUUGACGGAUCGUAGUGAGGAGGCUUAUUCCCGUGCCGAGAAGGGUCUUGAUAAGACUGGUCAUGCCUUUGUGGCCGUGGAAACUAAGCGUGAUGGUGGAGAGUCUCUCAUGGCUUGA